GGUCAAGGAGUUCCUCCCUUUCCCUGUGGCAGGGACAGAGGACAAGUGUCCUGUAGCUGCUCUCUCUGCCUCUCUCGCUGUCAUUAAAGCCCUCCUCUUGCCCCUUUUCUUCUUCCCCUUCUUUCUCAGCUUUCUUUCUCUCUUAAAAGAGGCCACAGGAGAAAAUAACAAUGGAAAGCAGGUGAAGGCUAUCUUGGCUGGCAGACAAACUAGCUGAUAAAUCUUUUUUUAAAAAUGGAGAACAGCCAACCUACCGAUCACCAACCUGAACAACAAUCACAACUUCCUGUAGACAGCGUUGAAACGUUACCUACUCAGAAUGGCUUGGAGAAACAAAGUGAAGAAUCAACUCCUGUGCCUCCGUCCCCUGAGAAUGCUGCACAUUCUCUGCCCGAAAUAAAGCUCUGCGAUAUAUCUGAGGAGCUGAGCCGACAGCUGGAGGACAUUAUUAAAACCUACGGGUCAGCUGCCAGUCUGAUUGAGGAAAGAAAUACUAAAGGAACAGACAAACCUGAGAAGGGAGAAUCAUUUAAUAAUGAUGAUGGAGAAUGUGAAGAUGCCCAUGAUGAGGCGGAGAAAGAACAGGCAGCUUCUGGGGAUGCCUCUGGAUCAAAAGAAUCCAGUAUUCAUAAGGAUCAGAAACUAGAAAAGAAAAUGCUGAAGGGACUAGGGAAAGAAGCUACCCUGCUGAUGCAACAUCUGAAUAAGCUGAAUACACCAGAAGAGAAACUGGACCUUUUAUUUAAGAAGUAUGCUGAGCUGUUGGAAGAACAUCGUACUGAACAGAAAAAGCUGAAGUGUCUGCAGAAGAAGCAGGCACAGCUUAUAAAAGAAAAAGACCAGUUGCAGAGUGAGCAUAGCAAAGCCAUCCUUGCCCGGAGCAAACUGGAGAGCCUCUGCAGGGAGCUCCAAAGACACAAUAAAACCCUGAAGGAGGAGACACUUCAGCGGGCGAGGGAGGAAGAGGAGAAAAGGAAAGAGAUCACCAAUCACUUCCAGGGCACACUGAAUGAUAUCCAGGCACAGAUUGAGCAGCAAAGUGAACGAAACAUGAAGCUGUGCCAGGAGAACACAGAGCUGGCAGAGAAACUGAAAAGCAUCAUUGACCAGUAUGAAGUCAGAGAGGAGCACCUUGAUAAGAUAUUUAAGCACAGAGAGCUUCAGCAGAAACUAGUGGAUGCCAAACUGGAACAGUCACAGGAAUUGAUGAAAGAAGCAGAGGAGCGGCAUCAGCGCGAGAAGGAAUAUCUACUCACCCAAGCUGCUGAGUGGAAGCUCCAGGCAAAAAUGCUGAAGGAACAGGAAACAGUUCUCCAAGCCCAGCUUACUCUCUAUUCAGAACGGUUUGAGGAAUUUCAGAAAACCCUGACAAAAAGCAAUGAAGUGUUUGCCAGCUUCAAGCAGGAGAUGGAUAAAAUGACAAAGAAGAUGAAAAAGUUGGAAAAGGAUACAGCUACGUGGAAAUCAAGGUUUGAGAAUUGCAAUAAAGCUUUAUUGGACAUGAUUGAAGAGAAAUCCAUGAGGGCCAAGGAAUAUGAGUGUUUUGUGGCAAAAAUUCAGAGGCUGGAGAACCUCUGUAGAGCACUGCAGGAGGAAAGGAAUGUACUGUACAAAAAAAUAAAAGAAGCACAAUUCCCUGAGGAGAAAAGGGAAGAAGAAGACGAGGAAGAAGAGCAGACCAGAGAGGAGGACAGCCUAGGAAAUGAGGCUGGUCCAAGCUCUUCUGUUACAGACCAGGCUGAUGAGUUAUCAGUUGCUAAUGAACUGGUCGUGAAGGAUUUGGCUGUUGCUAAUGAGAAUGCCUUGAAAGAACUGGCUACAGCUUUCAUAGUGACCCAUCACCUGGAAAUGCCCCUCAUAGACACCAAUCAGGAAGCCAGCAAAGAGUCACAUGACCUACAAACAUGCAGCCCGCUCUGUUUCCCUGAGCCAACAUUACCAUCUCCUAUGCACCAAGACACAGCAAGCCCUUCUGUGGAGCCAAUAGCACCUGUCCCAAAAGCUGAGCAACAAGAAGGAAAACCUGAAGAGCAACCUGCUGAAAAUUACCCAGAGCUUCAGUUGCUUGAUGCUGACAUGGAAGGAGUUGAUUAGUGUAGCAUGUAGAAGAAACUUUCUUUCUACAAUUCCAUCUUCUCAUUCUUCUCCUCUGAUUAUUUUUACAAAAGAAAUUAUGAGGCUUCCUAACCAUUCAGAGUUUUACCCUUCAAGACUGUGAGAGUCAUCUUGCUAAUAUGCCAUCAAGUUGAAUGAGUAGCAAUGGGCUUGAAGUUUGCCUCAUCUAAUCAAGACAAAGUUCUUUCCUGAAGUAGAGCAAAACACAUGAUCUUCCCUAUGCUACUAUCUGCCUUCAGCAAUGAUAAAGUAGGAAGCCCUAAAAGCCCUUGACAUUCAGCAUACUCUCAAACAACCACCACCAGAUCUUGAAUAUUACUUUGGUUUUAUGUAAAACAGUGCCAUUUGAAAUAUGAGAAGUAGCAUGAACUUAGGAGAGUGGAGUGGUGGAAGUAAAAGGGGUUAAACAAUAAUGAAGAGGUCUGAAUCAAUCAUAAAAUAAAAGGAGUGGUGCAACAAACACAAAGCUGUUAAAACCUCUGUCUACAUGUGUACUGCCAACAUUAUCACUUCCAGCUGAACUACAAUUUUCAAGCCACUUUGUCCUAAACAAUUCCCAAGACUACAGCCAGAAACAGCCCUGGGAUACUUGUAGCUUGACUACACUAAAUGCAGUAAGCCCUUGUUCACAGGGAAGACAGACUGUUCAGUGUAGGUGAUCUUUUGUUUGUUGGUUUCCAAGAGUAUUAUAUGAAAAUAAAUAAUAUUGUCCAAUAAAAAUUUGUAUUGAUACAUGA